AUGCAAUUAAAAUCUGUGAUGUUAAUGUUUUUUCAUGUUAAAAUUUUCUCAUAUAAUAACAUAACUUAGAAAAUAUUUUAUAAAUUGUUUUGGCAAAAAAAGGUAGUGUUACCAAUCCUAAAAAUUAAAUAAAUUGUGGUAGGAUAUUCUUAAAAAGAUCAGCAUCUACAUUAUAUUCUUUAAAUUUUCCAGUUAGAUCAAGUUACUUUUUUUAUCCUGUUAUUAUAUUUAAAUAAUCAUCGAUUUCAAAAACUUGAAAAUAAUAUGUUAUAGAUAACAAGUCAUAUGCUUAAAAAUAUAUUUAGAGGUUCUCAGGAUAUUCUACAUUUAUAAAUCUUAGGAAUGAUUGAUAUUAUAAAAGAUUUAGUGUUUCUACAAUAAUCUAACUUUCACCAGAAAGAAAAGAAAUUAAACAUAUAGAAAUAGCUCCAAUCAUAAAUGCCUAAUUUGAUUCUUUAACUUUUACAGAUAUUGAUUUAAGUUAUUUUGAUAUUAUUUUAGGUGAUUAGAGAGUAAUUGACUCAUUAGGAUUAAUGA